AUGUUUGCCAAUAUAUCCAAACCAAGGCCUCUGUCGUGCAAUAACGGGAAAAGUAAUUCCAUAGCCCGAACAAUAAGCGAGUUCACCUGUUUUCUUAACACGCCAUUAUCGACUAAGAUGCGUGCUAGCAGCUGCCUCAACUCCUCUUUUAAAGAACUUGCUUUAUUGUCCAGCUCGUCAACUAUGAAUCAGAAUAUUUAUGAUCAGUACCUUGGAAAUGAGAAGGCUUAUCUGUUUCGAGCUCCACCUCCAAAUCCUUCACCUGGAACUCCUAUCGCUCCCAAUACUCUCGCUCGACAGCUUCCUGACAUGGUGGGGUACACGGUCUGGCUCAGACCUAGAGGCUUUAGAAGGACUUCCAUUGCUCAUAUCACGUUCCGCAUUAUAGUGAACCACCGUCGAGUUCAAUUUAUGCCUCGGGAAAUUUUCCAGCUUCUCCAUAAUGCUAUGUCCCAUGGACAAGCCCUCGUCGAUAUUUAA